AACGCGAGGAGUGACGCGCUAUCCAAAAGAUGGCAGCGCUCUUCGAGGGGUCCACGCUGUGCGCUCUUGGAGUUGCACAAAAUAGCACAGAAUCUGGAAUACAAGGGAUCGAGUUGCAUGGAGAUGAUGAUCAUGUUAUUGUUACAAACUCGUUUAGGUCUGUCACAGUAUACAAGGUGUCGGAUCAAAAACCUCUCGGUAACUGGACAGUGAAACAGGGCCAAAGAAUAACUUGCCCUGCGGUUUAUAACAACAAAACACGAGAGUAUGUGACCGUAACAGACUCUAAGGUCAUUCGAAUCUGGAAAGACGAUGACAUCAACAUCGACAAGACCUUUAAAGCCACAGUGUCUUCGGAUGUGUGGAGGGUCCACUCCACCCCAUGCCACCUCCUCCAGGAGCCCGUGGUCCUCUUCCAGACGGGAGCUGUGCGCCUCCUGGACGCUCUCUUGGCCGAGCCACAGCAGGAGGUGGAGGCGACCCUCCCAGAGGACGAAGCCAUCAGGUGGAGCACCCUCCUCGCAUCAGGGAAACAGCAAUGGAUUCUCUACGUCACAGAACAGAAAGGGGAGUACUUCCUGCGUGUCCAAAACCUUGUAGACUCGAGCAGAGUGGCGUACCGUCUGGAGACGACGGACCUCUCCCCACUCAGCUUUGCAGCCUCACUUAGCAGAGGAAACAUCCACAUGCUCUGUCUGUAUCCGGAUGGCUGUGUGUAUGUGAGCAUGGUGCCCAUGCGUCUGCCAGCGGUGGCGGGGGGCGAGGGUGAUGUGUUGGCCCUGCCCAGGACGCUGCUCCUCAGGCUGCCAUUGGCCGAGGGGGGUGAGCUGGGCUCGGCCUCCGCUGUGGCGCUGGACACGGCACAUGUGGCGGUGGUGGGGGUACCACACCCCUCUGCCGGAGCAGGGAAAGAUUAUUUAUGCAUAUGGAAUACAAACUUCCAGACAUUGCAAGCUGGGAAGGAGAUGGCCGGGAAAAUAUAUGGACAGUUGUGGUGUUACAGUGGGAAGCUGUAUGUCCCCCAUGGGAAGGCGUUGUCUGUCAUCCCCUUCGAGUGUCAGACCUCAUCACUGGCCGCAGCUCUGGGGAAACUGAAACAGUCCGGAGCCUCUGAACCGACCCCUCCUCUCCCACUACCGUCAUGGGGGACCAAUGUGUCAUCUAGUGUGAUGGACACACGGAGGAAUAAACUGACUCGCAAAAGCCAAGGAGGCUCAACAAUCUCUGUUGACCAGUUAAUUGAACAGAUCAAGACCGCCCCAGAGGAGGAGGUCCUGAAGGGCGUGGCCUCGUUCCUGUCCAAGUCUGAGCUGCCGUGUCUGCAGCUGUGUGUGGGCAGCCUGGCACGCGCACUGGUGACCCGCUGCCUGGCAGAGCCCGCCUUCUACCCACACAAGGCCCUGGUGCAGCUCGUACACACGCAGUGCCUCUGCCACAGUGGUUGUCCUGAGCUACUGCCCCUGGCGCUGGAGAAGAGGGACUUUGCCCUGUGCCAGUUCUGUCUCCAGGUCUUCCCUGACAUUCCCGAGGCCGUCACCUGCGCCUGCCUCAAAGCUUUCCUCGGCUCACCUGACGCUGACCUGGAGGCGUCCGCUCUGGAGAUGGACAGCGUGGCGUUUGUGGAUGGACUGAGUGCCGCCACGGGCAACGCGGAGGAGGAGAAGGACGACGAGGAGACGCAGCACAACGGCUUCUCCAACGUGACCGUGACGUACGCACCGCCAGAGGACGGCAGUGGUGACGCUCAACCCCCUCGCAGAACAGAGGAGGCGGGAGGAGCCAUGGAGAUGGACACCGCAACAGCCAAUCAGGUGGAGAAGAAGCAGGACGGGGAGGAGGAGACUCAACAGAACGGCGAGGCUCAACCCCAGCACCAGCGCAAACCCAAACUGACAAUCAGCCUGAACAUCACGCGGCCCAUCGGGCUACACCGAGCUGUCUUGCUAAAUGAAAUCCUCCAGACGCCGUACAGCGACACUUUCCUGCUGCCCCAUCUCAAGGACCUCACACCGCCACAGGUUAUCCUCUUCCUCCAGUACCUGCAGUUCUUAUACAUUAAAUACUACCAAGAAAUCAACACACAGGUUCCAGCGCUGAGGUCACCAACAAUGGCACAGAUCAUGGACUGGGUAUGCCUGCUAUUGGACGCUCACUUCACCGUGCUGGUCAUGGCUCCGGAAGCACAGGAGCUGCUGGCCGGCCUUCAUGGCUUUGUGAGGGCACAGAUGAAGCUCUUCACAGAUCUGGGGAAAAUCGAAGGCAGCCUUCAGGCCUUGAAGAAAGCCAAACAGUCACAGGACAAUAGCGGUCAAUAUUCGAUUGAAGUGAUUGAGUUGUUUUAAACCAUCUAACUGUAUGAACUCUUUUUUUUAAAUACAAAUACAGCAGUAUUGCUUUACCCAUGAAUAUCCCAGCUGCAAUAAAUUACCUGUCUUUCCUAAA